AAUAUUGUUGAUACUUAAUUCUUAUACAUUUAUUACAUUUAUAUGAAUAUCUUAUUUUUAUUUUUUAACAGUACAAUUUACAAAUGUUACAACAUUGAACAUAUUAAACAAAACAACGAUCUGAUAGGAAAUUAAUAAGUAAUUAUAAAAUAGUAAAUUAUAUUAUAGUAAAUCUUACCUAGUCAUUCGAGGAAAACUUAUUUGCAUCAAGAUGCCGAUGAUCAAAUUGCAAAGUUCGGAUGGUGAAGUGUUUCAAGUUGAUUUCGAGAUCGCCAAAGCAUCGGUUACUAUCAAAACUAUGGUUGAGGAUUUGGGUUUAGAAGAAGAAGACGAAGAAAUCGUGCCGUUGCCAAAUGUGAACGCUGGAAUAUUGAAGAAAGUCAUUCAGUGGGCAACCUACCACAAGGACGACCCACCUGCAACUGAGGAUGACGAAGGACGCGAAAAGCGUACAGACGAUAUAUCCAGCUGGGAUGCCGAUUUCCUGAAAGUGGAUCAGGGUACACUAUUUGAACUCAUAUUGGCUGCUAACUAUUUGGACAUCAAAGGCUUGUUGGACGUUACUUGUAAGACCGUUGCUAAUAUGAUUAAGGGAAAAACUCCCGAGGAAAUAAGGAAAACGUUCAAUAUUAAAAAUGAUUUCUCAGCUGCCGAGGAGGAACAAGUACGUAAAGAAAAUGAAUGGUGUGAAGAAAAGUAACUUAUUUUUAUCCACAAAUGAAUAUCUAAUAUUUUGUCAAUCCCAUCAUAAUUUUAUAUUUAAAAUAUUCAUACUUUUGUUAUAUAUCUAUUUAAUUAGAAUAUGAAUUUUUAAAGAGAAGUUAUGCUAUCAUUUUAAUAAUUAGGUGACAACUUGUAGGUUUAACAUACGUUAAUUUUGCUUAUUAAAUUAUGUACUAGUAGUACCUACUUUAGUAUAUUUCAUAAUUUUAUAGAAUUUUGUGUCAAUUAAGUAACUAGGUAUUACAACAUAAUAGAUAGGUAUACAUAUUCUGAUGUGUGCAGAUAUUUAUUUUAAAAUGAAUAACUAUUAAUCAUUUUUAUUGUUCAAUAAAUAUUAGAUUAUACAACUCUUUGUUUAUGGAUUAAACAUUUUAUUUCAUUUAUUCUUCAACUGUGAAAUAUUUUUUUUUUCAUGUAUGAUAUGUAUGAAAUAAAAAAAAAAAUCUUAAUGAAUUUAUAUUUGUAUAACAUUUAAGAAUAAACCAAUUUUUUACUGAACAUUUAUUAAUUUUAUGAAAAUAAAUUGCUCCUGUGAUAAAUAUUACAAAUUAUUGCUAAUGAUAUUAGUGUUUUGUGUAAAGGAAGUGAUUGUAGUAUUUAGUAGCAUUAAAUGUUUGUAUCGUGUAUAUUAAGAAAUGUAUGAACUAAAUACUUAUUAAUAAUAUUACAUGAUAUAUUUUAUAAUUAUUUAUCUCAAAUAUAAUUAAUUUUAAAACUA